AUCCCAGCGCUGAUCGCCCUUUUAAUACGAUAACAAUUCGCGCCAGCACGUCUAGACACUCUCCACCCCCGCAGUUUUACUCCCGUUGCCCUCAAACAACAACCAUCUUCACGUCGUUCGCUCAGACAAUCCACGCGACCAAGCUAGCAAUUACCACGCGACAUCUCAAACCAAGCCACGGCAUUAUUCGGCAAUCAAGUUCAAGCUUCCGCUAGUGUUUAUGUGCACCCGUCAUGGCGAACUACGUCGAUGCUUCUUCGCAGACAGAGUGGGCGGGACUGAUGCAGAAGAACAUUGUUCGUCCAAAAGCCCUCUUCUCUCCAUCCUCAUACCCUGACACCAGCACGCCGCCGGACGAUCCAUUAACAGAACAGGAGCAGUGUGUUGCCGACCUUCCAUCUUUAUCACCGGUAGAACAACGAGGACAGCCGCAGACGCCACCCCGAUCAAAAGAGUCAUCAACGGAAGAAGUCCCUACCAUGUCAACAUCUCCACUGCUGUCCAGGCGCCAAAACCGUCCCAACUUUGUGGCUCACAUUGACAUGCCGUCACCACAAAUGCAAGCGCUUAAAGCCCUCGACGACGAAGUACCCGUCUCACCACCACCCUCUGCCCUUAUUCUGUCGCCAGUACCUGAGGCUAACAAGCGGUUUGCUGGCCACACGCCUCUGUAUCCAGGAUCACCAUCUCCAGACACACCUAAGAAACCGCCUCCUGGACAGCAUCUGGACCCUAUCGUGCCCGAGAAGCUCAAGUCGUUGCCAGUACAUGAAUUGAUUGUCGAGCAAGAACCCAGCGAAGACGCCGACACGGAGCCACAACUAGGAGAGGAGAGCCAGUCUGCGACACCGGAGGAAGAUAUCGGAUUGAGUGGACCACUCACUCUUGCACCAAACCCAGGCGACGGUAGUCAAGAUACUAUCUUGCUCACUGCACUGGACGAGGAGCUUGCCAAGAUUGCACAGCAACAGCAGCGACUCGAUGGCGCCACAGACGACGGCCAGCCACUCAGCCGUCAGGGAUCAUCAGAUUCGCGUACAUCCGAGAUCAGACCGGUCGAUGGCGUUACGCUGAAGAAGACCGUCCCACUGAACUUCGGAGCACCACUGGGGCAAGUGUAGGACACGCCAUCUGGUUCAUCCAGCAAGAGCAAGCGCGAAUCACAGGACGAAGAGACGAAUUAGGAUCAGCAAAGGGAGUUUGAAUACGAGCAUAGACAGCGAUUGGAGCAUUACAGCGAUACCCCGAGGUCGAGAACCAGCGCUGCGGAACA